UUUACACAAUAUUAAAGAUAAUGAGAUUCUGUGCUAAUUACCGAUUCCCCAAUGUUAAACCAUCUUUAGAAUGUGCGAAUAAAAUUUUUUGGCCUUUGAUUCCACCCAAUCAUGACUAACUUUUGAAAGUAGAAAAUCCUCAACCCUCGACCCUCUCAUGGCUGAAGACACAGAGGAUUUGGAUAUAAACAAUCCACAGCGAUAUCCAUCAUUUGUGGAAGUGAUAUGUAAGAGUUCCGGCAAGACCCGGCGGUUUGCGGCGGAUACGGAUGCGGGUUUCGCCGUGAAUUUGAUAAAUAAGAAGCUUCAUAGUGAUGUUAGUGGUGGCGAUGGUGGUAAUAUUCCGUUGGCAUCCUAUAUUGAGGCAGUCAAAGAAGGGGAAGAAGAGGAACCCAUUAGCUUUGGCCCUAGAUCUGUUCUUGCAGACUAUGGGCCCGGUUGGAGAUUGCAAACUGUUGUUCAACAAAAUGGUAGUGUGAUGUAUGAUGUGACUGGAGUACAUGUUCGCCGUGCAAGAGCGCAGAAAGCAGAUGCCAAGGGUGUUGAUGAAUCACAUUCCAUGAAGGGAGCAUCACAAUCGGCUCUGAAUUUUCUGUACGUUGGCAAGAUAUUGUUUGCUUUUCUUCUAUUAUUUGUGUUUGGUGCCAUUUUCACGUUACUUUUGGAAAACCUUCCACAGUUUAUCUUGUAUAUCAACUCAUCAGUAUGAUUAUGGUGUAUUUGACAUGUACUUUUGAAUCCAAGUUUGUACAUUAGUUCAUAUUCUGUAGAUUAUCAUUUCUA